AUGUAACAGAAUAACAAUUAUGAAUAGCUAAUAAAAAAGAAAAUCAAUCUGAUAAAUGAUUUUGAGAGUGGCAAGAAAUAAUAUUUGAAAGAAGUAAUAGAACGUCCAGAUACUCCAUAAUUCUCAGAUAGAAAGAGAAAUGAGAAUAAUGUAAACAAAAUAAAUAUUUAAUAUAGAACUCUUUCAUUUUAAUCAAAGGUAUAAUCAAAUUAUACAAUUUCCAGAAUAAAUAGAAUACGACAUUAUUAUUGAUUAAGAGACUUUCUCAUCGUUUGUAGAUGUAAAACCUUAUUCAGAACAAGAUCUCAAUAAGAUGAUGAAUUAACUAUACAUAUUUGUAGAUUCGAAAUUUUGGAAUUUUUGUUUAAUGUUAGCUUAUGUAAGUGCAAUUCUAUUUUAUUGUAUAGAAUGAAGAUACAUGGUUUUAAUAACAAAUAAUUCCAUAUGAUAGAAUGGCAAAGAUUUUAGGAUAAAUAUUUUCUUGUGUUGAGAAAUUUGAUGAUUAAAUAAUUUAAGAUUUAGAAAAAGUAAUUAAUUAUAGAUCAUUGGCACAUUUGGAUAGAUUGUUAUUUGAAAAUAAAUUACCUUAAUUUGAAAAAGUUAUCAAAAUGCUUAGAACCUAAAUUCUUAGCAAUCCUCAUCCUGCAUUUAUCUUAAGAGAAUCCUAAAUCAAGGAAAAAUAAUUUGAUAGUUUUUCUAAAUUGCAAGCUUAUAAAUCAUUUACACCAACUAAACCUUCUGCAUUAUCAUCUAAAGGUAUUUAAAGAAGUGAAAUGCUUUACAAUCAUUCUAAAUAACUCUAAGAAAAAGCUCGUCAUGCUUAAUUAAUAAAAAUUAAAUAAGAGAAUGAUGAAAUGAUAUCAUUUCAAAAGAAUUUCAAAAAUGUUUCUGGGGAUUAAGUUUUUUAAAGAUUAUUCAAUGAAUCUAAAGCAUUACAAAUCAAAUAAUAAUAAUAGAUUGUAAAUAAGGAAGAUAUUUUAGAUAAGGAAUGUACUUUUAAACCAGAUAUUAAGAAUACAUUAAUUAAAAGUGAUUAGAAGGUGGAUUAAAUACCAGGAUUUGAAAAUACUAUUAAAAGAAUGUAGAAAGCAUAAAAUGAAAAACAAUAUAAGGAAAAAUAUUUUGAAAUCAAGUAAUCUUAAUUAGAAAAAGUCAACAAUAAUAAAGAGAUUAAGGAGUUUAAAUUAUCUGAAAGGGAAGAAAAUGAAGAACCAAUAUUAUUUUUAGAUGUUCGUAUAUCUAAAAAUAAAAUAGGAAGAUUAGGUGUUAGGAAAAAUGAUGAUUUACAAUAAGUGAUAAAGAAUUUUGCUAAAAGUAUGAUUUAUUAAUUCUAUUUGAGCUUUUGCACUAUAGAAAACAUAAAUAGAUUCCUUAUAGAAACACAUAAAGAGUGCUAUGGAAACUUUAAAUAAACAUUAGGAGUAAUGA